AUGGCACCAGCCUUGCGGAUGGUGUCCCCGGUUCGCCUGCAUAGCCCAGUGCGGGCCAUUCCACCUCACCGCACUGGCAGGGCGACCGGGAGCAUUCAACCAGUUAAGGUUGGGCAGGCUCGGUGCUCAAGAGCUCCAGUGAGCUCGGAGCUCAAGAGCUCCAGUGCACGGUCCUCCACGCACCAGCCCUCCGGUGGCAGCCCCCCGCACCAGGCUAGACUAACCCUAGGUCAGCAGAAGGUCAAGCCAGCUGCCCUGCCCGAAGUUAGAGCGGGCGAGGCUGGGAGCAGUGAGCCCCUGGUGGACGGACCUGGCUGUGGACCACGGUUGUUAUUGGCAGCUUGUCAGGCUGAGCAGAGCUGGACAGCAGGAGAAGAAAACCCUUACAGAAUCACCCACCAACCAAGGACCAAGCGGCGUGGUAAACAGAGGCAGCAGCAACAGCAGCAGCAGGAGAAGCGACAGGUGCAGCAGGAGCAACAGCAGCAGCAGUGGGAGAGGCUGCACUAUUUGGAGAGAUGGACUUGGGAGGAGAUCCUUGACGGGAAAGGACCCUGGGCAGAGCCAGGGGAAUAUUGCCGCCCCAAAGCCGAGCUGGAGGCAGCGAAAGCAGAGAGGCGGCAUUAUGAGGAGCUAGCACGGCAGAGCGGCUGGAAGCCAAACAUUUCUUGGGGGGGGAGGCACAGGGAGAGUGUGGCAGAGUCAGGAGUCAGACCUGAGCCAACUCCCCCUGUUUACCGUAAGGAGCCAUGGAUGGAAUUGGAGCUGUCGGCGAAGCUGAGUGCUGAGUCUGAGAGUGUUGAGGAUGUAUUGGACAGAGUAGAGAGAAAGCUGUUGGUUUGGCAUAGUAUGCACGGCAUUCGCCCUGAGGAGCGUGUUAGCUGUCCGAUGCCACCCGUGUCAGUUCCUCGUACUCAGCCUGAAACGUGUGUUGGAGUUCCGGGGGAUUUGAUGCCGGCUAUACACACCAGGUCUCCAGUACACCUUCACAACCCGGUGUGUCCUGUUCCUUGCACUCACCCGGAGGUACGUGGCCCGGUACCACCAGUGCCGGCUCCCCGCACCAGGCAGUUUCUCCGUCCCAUCAACACAGGUGCUCCCGCCUGUCCGGCGCUGCCAGAGCCUUCCUCCCAGCGCUGCCGGUGCCGCCAGUCUGCCCAGCGCCGCCAGUCAGCCAGGAGCCGCCAGUCAGCCAGGAGCCGCCAGUGCCACCAGUCAGCCAGGUGCCGCCAGUCUGCCAGGAUCAGUUAGAGCUGCCAGUCAGCCAGGAUCCGCCAAUCAGCCAGGAUCCGCCAGUCAGCCAGGAUCUGCCAGAGCUGUCAGUCUGCCUGGAUCCGCCAGUCAGCCAGGAUCUGCCAGAGCUGCCAGUCAGCCAGGAUCCGCCAUUCAGCCAGGAUCUGCCAGUCAGCCAGGAUCUGCCAGUGCCGUCAGUCUGCCAGGAUCCGCCAGUCAGCCAGGAUCUGCCAGAACUGCCAGUCUGCCAGGAUCCGCCAGUCUGCCAGGAUCUUCCAGAUCCGCCAUUCAGCCAGGAUCUGCCAGAACCGCCAGUCAGCCAGGAUCUGCCAGAACCACCAGCCAGCCAGGAUCUGCUAGAUUUAUCAACCUUCCCGAGCUUCCCCUCAGUCCCGAGCUACCCCUCAGUCCCGAGCUACCCCUCAGUCCGGAGCUGCCCCUCAGUCCAGUGGGGCCCGUUGUUAGGUUUCCUAGGCCAAGGUUAGCGGCGAGGGUCGCCACUCAAGGGACGCUAAGGAGGUGGACUAAGACAAUUAUGGAGUGGGGUCCACGUCCAGCGCCAGAGCCGCCACCGCGGACAGAUGCCCACCCAGACCCUCCCCUAUAGGUUUAGGUUGUGCGUUCGGAGUCCGCACUUUGGGGGGGGGGGGGGUUCUGUCACGUUCUGACCAUCGUUCAUAUGUGUUUUCCUUGAUUUAGUGUUGGUCAGGACGUGAGCUGGGUGGGCAUUCUAUGUUGUGUGUCUGGUUUGUCUAUUUCUAUGUUUGGCCUGAUAUGGUUCUCAAUCAGGGGCAGGUGUUAGUCAUUGUCUCUGAUUGGGAACCAUAUUUAGGUAGCCUGUUUUGUGUUGGGUUUUGUGGGUGAUCGUUCCUGUCUUUGUGUUUGUGGCACCAGAUAGGACUGUUUUGUGUUGGGUUUUGUGGGUGAUUGUUCCUGUGUUUGUGGCACCAGAUAGGACUGUUUUGUGUUGGGUUUUGUGGGUGAUUGUUCCUGUCUUUGUGUUUGUGGCACCAGAUAGGACUGGUUUGGUUUUUUCACGGUUCUUGUUUUGUAGAUUGUUGUACUUUCAUCUUUAUUAAAGAUGCACAAAACUAA